CAACCAUUCCUCGACAUGUCGUUCGAAGAAACAACGCUAUUCCUACUCGUUUUCUCCGCUAUUACGAUUGGUAUCGACACCGAGUCUCUACCGGUCGCACUGCACACUCACAACUGCAGCUACUACGACGACGAGUGCGAGCAGAACACGUCGGGCGAGCACCACGACUGCGCGGAACAUCCGAUGGUCUGCCCCGGCAGCAAACCGUAUUGUUACAUUCUGUUCAGACUUGUAGGCCCCAACAGAACAGAGAUAAUCACGAAGAAGGAUUGCUGGGACGGUCACGACCCGGACUGCUUUCAUCCGCUCUGUCGAUACUUUUUGCAUGAAAACUCGAAUUUCUACUACUGCUGCUGUCAAGGGAACAUGUGCAACCUAGAAAUCGGUCCGCAGAUCACGUCGCCGCCGCCGCCGAGCUCCCCGUCGGCUAAACCGACGCACAGGUCCGAUUUACCUUCUGGAGGCUCGGAUCCAGGGCCGGGGACGUCGAAUAAGAAGAGGGUUGUGAUUGCGAUUGCCGGGACGGUGUCGGUGGUCGUAUUCGUCGCCGCUGUCGUCGUUUUUUCCUUCUGGUGUUGGAGUCGGAGGCGACCUCUGGUGGAUGAAGCGUUAGAGAACGACGGGGAUAGGAUGGUGAUGGAGUUGGAUGCGUUGGAUCUGUCGCGUAGCGACUCGCCCGAAUCGGUUGUCGACCUCGACGCGCUCGAGUUGAUUACAAAAAUCGGAUCCGGUCGAUUCUCGGAGGUCUGGAAGGCGUCGCUGGACGAGGACUUCGUCGCAGUGAAAAUCUUUCAGGAGAAGAACAAGCAGUCGUGGGUCGCGGAGAGAAGCAUCUACACGAAUCCGGAAAUCAAGCACGAAAACCUGCGCGGAUUUAUCGCCGCUCGACGUCGUGACGAUACAGAUUCCUCGCCUUACUGGAUGCUCUUCGAUUUCUACGAGUUGGGGUCGUUGAAUGAGUACCUGAAGGCCAACGUGUUGACUCUACAGGAGCUGUGUAGGAUGGCAGCGUCUGUUGCGUCUGGGUUAGCGUAUCUGCACUCGGAGAUUCCGUCGUCGAGCGGGUUGAGGCAGAAGCUGGCGAUCGCUCAUCGUGAUUUAAAGAGUCGGAACGUGCUGGUGAAGAAGGAUUGUUCGUGUUGUAUAUGCGAUUUGGGAUUGAGUAUCAAGUUCCAGCCGGGAACGAGUCUGACGGAGGCUCAAGGACAGGUCGGCACGGUCCGCUACAUGGCACCCGAAGUUCUCGAAGGAGCGAUUACGUUCAACCGAGAAUCGUUUCUUAGGAUUGACGUCUAUGCCCUCGGUCUCGUCAUAUGGGAGUUGAUGUCACGAUGCAAUGCGAAAGGUGCUGUGUGUGAGUAUAAGCAACCAUUCGAGGAGGAAGUCGGUCUUCAUCCGAGCAUCGAGCAGAUGAAAGAUGCCGUUGUCACGUCCAGAAUCAGACCGAAAUUUAUGAAGGGAUGGCAUUGCAUUCAGCCUCUCGAUACGUUGGUUGAGACGGUUGUUGAAUGUUGGGAUCACGACGCCGAGGCUCGUCUCACGGCUCAAUGCGUUGAAGAGCGCGUCAAUCGAUGUCGUAGAUACGACGACGAGAAACGAGAAUCGUCUCACGAGGUAUUGGAGUCAACGGGCAACACAGUCGAAUUACCAAGACAUCAAUACGGUCCUUCAAGCGGGCACCAAAGUCACCCACAUCCCCAUUCACAUCCGGAAGUGGGAACCGAACAGACAAACGUAGAGUCGAACGGCCAUCCACCGAUGGUCUGUAAUGGACGUCCGGCAUCGUUACACAGCCAGGGAAUUAGUAGAUCUGUGAAUCCGUCCGGCGUAAACGGAAUAAAACCGUUACGGCCUCCAUAUUAUCCUCCCGAUCGGUCGGCAUCGCCGCCGCCGUACAGCGCUGUACCGCUACCACCCGUGUAUUCCGAAAAGAACGGUUUUCCGGUAGUACCGUUUGCCGUCAAAACGACACAACCGAACUACAACAGUUCGGCGUACACUGAAACGAGUUUAUGACCAAUGAGAGAGAGACGGCAACAUGUACAUACAUACACACAUGAACACACUAGAUAUACUGAGUAGUGCUGAUGGCAUGAUUUUGUCGAGUAGUGUAAGUAACAUUUUCCAGCGAGGACAGAUCUGCUGUGUUUAUUAAUAUCAAUUGACGAGAACGGUAUGUACGCUCUCGGUGUAUUUUUAAUGAAGCUUGCUUCAGUGAUUUAAACACAAUACGAUUGACGCAUGACAUAUUGUCCUGCGCUCUUAUAUUGAUUGCAUACUAUUUGUG